AUUUGAAAGCUGCUGGAUUGUGUGCUGCUGGCUGUGCAAUUGAGAAACGGGAGUAGUAUUCGUCGCUGGUAUUUUGUCAACACAUUUUACAAGAGACCAUGACUCGCCAUAACCCUGCCAACCGCAGAAAGAGCAAGACCCCUGUCCACCGCCCUCCAAUGCCAGCCCCUGAAACACCUCAGUCAGAAGUUGAUUCCCCGAGGAGAAGUGGACCUUCAUCUAUAUCGAGAAGUCAGACCCCGAAGAAGAGGAGGUUCAGACCAGGAACCAGGGCCCUGAUGGAGAUCCGGAAGUACCAGAAGAGCACUGACCUUCUCAUUAGGAAGACUUCAUUCGCCCGCCUGGUUCGGGAAGUGUGUCAAAUAUUUUCCAUAACCUCUGUCCGGUGGCAGGUCUAUGCGCUCAUGGCUCUGCAGGAGGCUUCAGAGGCCUUUCUUGUCUUGCUAUUGUCAGAUGCCAACUUGUGUGCCAUACACGCAAAGAGAGUCACAGUGUUCCCACGGGACAUUCAGCUGGCCAGGAGAAUCCGUGGGGUGGAUCGCAUGUAAAGUCCACACAACAGCUGAGAGAAUCCCAGCAGCAUUUGGAUGCUAGUGGCUCGGUCCACAUUUCCACAUCUUUUCUGCUGUGUUGGUUCAGUGCCCAGUUAAAAUGUUAAAAUUGGUUUUUAAUUGGCUUCUGAAAGCAAGACAGUUUCCAACCUGAUUUUUUUUUUUUUAACAGUUGGAAAAUGGGCACAUUGUUUCUGUAAAUACAACAGAGACUGUUAAUAAAUGUGUUUCUUGCAGCUUUAAUUCAGCUAUCAUUCACUGUUUCAAAGGCAUUUACUAAAAGUAUAAUGAUGUGUACAUUUUUAUUGUUCAUCAGAAUAAACUUAUUUCGUCU